UUUGAAAACAUACAGCUGACUAAAACAGAAAAAAAUAUUUUUGAAAGAUUUGGUCUUCCUACAAGUAAAUAUCAAAUUAGGCAUUUGAUAGGUUGCAGUAUCAAUAAAUAUAAAAAAACAAUAUCAAGAGAUAUGAAAAAGUUUAAAAAAAUUUGCUCAGAAGUAUUUUUUAAUUCAGUUUCUUUAACUAUUUUACCUGACAUUGAAGCUGUUACAGUGCCUACUGCAGUCUACAAUGCAUCAUUUACAUCCAGUUCUUUGGAUUGUUUAACCCCCAUUGGACCAAAUAGCAUAGCUGAAUCAUGUGCUGAUUCCUUGUCAAACUCUGGUACUUCAUCUUUUGAUUCACAACUGUUCCCUAAGUUGAGAAAUGACCAACUGACUCCAAGAAAAAAAGUCCUUAAACAGAGGUUAUCUAUAUUGGCAAAUGAAGUUGCCACAAAAAGUCCAAAACAUAAAAAGGAUUUAAAAACUUUGAGAGAAAAAAUUCGAUCAAAACCAUAUAGGCUUAAACAACUUAAUCAGACUAUUGCUCGAAAAGAAAUAACAACUCGUCAACUGCGUGAGAAGUUAAAUAAAAAUUGUUCCAACUUAAAGUUAAAGCAACUUCAAAAUGCUAAUCUUUAUUUGAAAAGGCAACUAGUGUCAGCCCAGAACCAGUUAUCUUCUGUAACAGCAAUAUUAAAAAAGCAACUUGUUGACAAAAAUGUAGAGAUUCAAGUCCUGCAGAAUGAUAUGUUGAUAUUACAGGAGAAAUUAGAAUCUAUACAGGAGACAGAACAAAAUUCAAGACAUUUCAAAAGUUACUCAACAAGUAUUAGGGCUCUUAUAUAUGACAUGCUUAUGUGUCAUGUUCCUUCUCACAGUGUGCCACUGCUACUCCAUAAAAUUGGAGAACACACAGGAUAUUAUUUCAGUGAUAUCCCACACUGCACAACCGUGGAGCAGAUGAUGCGUGAGCUAGGUGUUAUUUCAGACCUACAGACUGCUGAGAUAGCAUUGUCAACAAAAGAUCUUACUCUGGGUUUUGAUGCCACAACUCAGGAGGGUAUUCAUGAAAAUGCAGUACACUUUACAACUCAGACAAAAUGCGUGGUUGUAGCAAUUGACCAACUUGCUGGAAGUACAGCUAAUGACUAUCAGAGUCACAUUACACAGUCAAUAGAUCAUCUAGCAAAGUUAUAUUGUGACUUUUACCAGCAAAAGUACUUGGAAUUACGAAGUACUAUCAUUAGCAAUAUAAGUAACACCAUGAGCGACCAAGUUGCCACAAACCAUGCAACAGUAACUAAGUUAAACAAUUUGUGGCAAAAGUCAUUAAAUGAACUUAACUGUCAUCUUCAUCCAUUAGACACAAUAACCAGUGCUUGUAAGUCAUCGCUUAAAGCAUUGGAAACUUCACAAGGGAAUCUUUUUGGUAAAAACUGUGUUGCUGCUAACAUUGUUGUUCAGCUUAACAAACUCCGUUACAAGGAUGGUAAAGGUGACCCGAAGGGUUUUGUUAUACUUUUGGAUAACAACAAGCUCCCUAGAGGACUACUACCUCGCUACAGGGGAAAUCGACUACACAUCCUUUUUCACACCUGUGGAGUCUUAAUUCAUUACUAUGCUCUGUUGAGAACUUUCCUGCAUUCUGGUGUGGUUUCAUGUGGAGGACUGAGAAAUAGCUUGCUCCUAGACUUCACAUCAGGCACUGGUAUACGCGAGCUGUGUGCAAUAGGUUUAAUGGGAAAAUUAUUGACCGGUCCUUGGAUGACCAAUUUCUAUGUUGCACAAAGUGAAGUUGACUUUUUGUCUGGUGUUGAAGUGGUUAAAGGUGUUCGCAACAUUCUUAUUGAGAGUCAGAAGAAUGCUCUUUCUUUAUUAACCCGAACAACAGACUUUUUUGGUGGUUGUAUUAAUGAUCCGGUGUUUAAUUCUAUUGUUAACUUUUCUCCAAGAACUGAUAAAAUGAGAGACGCAAUAGUCUGCUGUUUGAGUGCUGUUGUUAAUGUCAUUGACCGGCAAUACAAGCGACUGUUUAACUUGAAUACAACUGAUAAACUUAAAGCCCAGACGUUAUCAGCACGACUUCACAAUAUUUACUCAAAAGAACUUAUGGGUAUGUUUAGUGCUGCAAAGCAAAAAGCACCAAAUGCUACACUCUGUUUCUUAUCAGCAAAACUGCGUGCAUGCAAAAAUAAAACCACUGAGUUCCUCUAUGAAAAACCUAUUGAGGUUGGAAACAAAUUGAUAUUAUGGGCCAUAUCCACUGCUAGAAAAAAGCGAUUUGCAAACAUACAAAAACAUGAGGAAUUGAAGGUAGAACUGAUUAAACAAAUGGCUGCCAAGCUUCAAAAAAAGGAGGAAAAAGAAAGAAAAAAUGUAGAAAGGUUUUACUACUAAUACUAAUUAAAAAUAAAAUAUUAACUAUACAAAAAAAAUAGAUAGAAGAUAGAAAAAAGAUGGAAGUUAUAAAUUAAUGCAUUUUUUUUUUGUUUUUUUAUGUCGUUUUUUAUAUUUAUCGUUAUUAAUAGUUCACAUAAACAAUCUCAGAAAAUAAGUUUCUUAUUCAUUAUGCAUAUGUAUACAUUAUCUUUUUUUUUAGUAUUCGCACCAUUUAAAGGCACCAAGAAAUUUAGUAGCCAUGGCGCAGUGGUUUAGCAGUUGUGGCGUAGUGGUUUGAGCAUUUGACUCUUUAUCCAAGGUUUGCGGGUUCGAUCUCAGCUCAAAGCAUAUAAACGUUAUCGGUGAAGUUGGAAAUAGAAAGUUAUCUUAAUAAAUGCUAUUCUUCAUGUGGCGGUUCUCUGUGACAAGACCAUUAGGACUUCUUAGAGCACCU